AUGUGUGACGUCCCCUUCUUCCCGAUCUUCCCGAUCUGUUUCCAGUGCGGCACCGAUCAAAAUCCGUGUCACUGCAAGGUCGUUGGUCCAACACUUGGUGAGUCCUUACCUUCUACAUUUGUCGAAACAUUAAGCAUUGAAGUAUUCUGCUGGCCUCUUUCAAUCUUCUGCGGCUGUGGCUGCACUAAGGUCGGAAAAGACAUGUUGGGCUAUCCUGUCAAACUGAACGGUCAGGUUAGCAAUGCUAUACCAUUCUAA